GGGCGGGGAAGCGAACCACUGAGAUGCGGAGACCUCCUCGGUCCUAGAGCGGAGCAGGAAGUGUCCCAGGGGAGGGAGCCGGAGGGCUCCGGCCUUUCCUUUCGGCGGCGGCCGGGCCUGUGCGGCCCGCCAACCGGGACGCGGUGCGGCGGCGUCUCCCUUAGCUCCCAAGCCCAGCUGAUGCUUUCUGUAUGAUCCCGAGACGGUUGGCCUGGCCAGGGACGGAGUCUGGUCCAUGCAGAGGAACCGCCUUGGCCGAGACUCCCGGGAGACAGGGCUGGAAGGCGAGGACCUGCUACCCUGGAGUCCCAGGCUUCGACGUGAGGAGCCCGAGCUGGCCAACCUGGAGGCGACUCAGUUUGUGAAGGUCUCAAGAGCAAAGACAGUGACUUUAGAUCCAAAGCUCCAAGAGAGUGGCCUGCUGGGGAACCCUCCAGGAGGACCUGGCCACAAAGCCCUGUGCCCCCGAGUCUUGGCUCCAAAGGAAAGCGAAGAACCCCGGAAAAUGCGGAGCCCUCCUGGAGAGAACCCUAGCCUGCAGGGUGAGCCUCCCAGCCCAGAGUCCUCUCGUCGCCUCUUCCGCCGUUUUCGCUACCAAGAGGCUGCAGGCCCACGGGAGGCUUUGCAGCGUCUCUGGGAGCUGUGCCGGGGCUGGCUGCGGCUGGAAAGGCAUACGAAGGAGCAGAUCCUGGAGCUACUGGUGUUGGAGCAGUUCUUGGCCAUCCUGCCUUGGGAGAUCCAGAGCUGGGUGCGUGCCCAGGAGCCCGAGAGCGGCGAGCAGGCUGUGGCUGCAGUGGAGGCCCUGGAACGGGAGCCAGGGAGACCCUGGCAGUGGCUCAAGCACUGUGAAGACCCAGUGGUGAUUGAUGAUGGGGAUGGGCCUCAGGACCUGGAGCAAGAACGACUGCCAGUGGAGUCCCAGAGCAACUCUGAGGCCCAGCCUGUGACCCUGGCACAGGGCCCAGCGCUCCUAAGCAGACCACUAGGCCAGCCCAGCGAGGAUCCAGUUCCACAAGAUGCUUUCCUUGUUGAAGAGCAGAAUGUGAGAAACAAUCAGCCAGUGACCAUCUGCCAGCUGCCACCAAACCGGGUUUCUCCAUUUAAGGACAUGAUCCUAUGCUUCUCUGAAGAGGACUGGUCCCUUCUGGAUCCAGCGCAGACUGGCUUCUAUGGAGAGUUCAUUAUUGGGGAAGACUAUGGGGUCUCCAUGCCUCCAAACGAUCCUGCACCCCAGCCAGACCUCUCCCCAGAAGAGGAGAAUGGGCCACGAGUUCCAGAGUUGCUGGAUCUUCAGGGUGAAAUGACCCAGGUCUCCUGCUUAGACUUUCCCAGUCUCCAGCCAUUCCAGGUGGAAGAAAGAAGGAAGUGGGAGGAGCUGCAGGUGCCAGAGCUGCAGUCUUGCCAGCAGGUGAUGCUCACUCAAAGUUCCUGUCCAGGAGGUGACCCACCACCCCUAAAGAACGUCUUGGACCAGGAGGUGACCAUUGAGAUCGUGCUUUCCAGCUCCGGGGAUGAGGACUCCCAGCAUGGCCCAUACUGCACAGAGGAGCUGAGGAGCCCAACAGAAAAGCCCCACGGACUUCCCACUCGUCAGAGCGGUGCUGAGGUUGGGGGUGAGGUGCAAACUUCACAGAAGUCCUAUGUGUGUCCAAACUGUGGGAAGAUCUUCCGCUGGCGGGUCAAUUUCAUCAGACACCUGCGCAGCCGCAGGGAGCAGAAGCCACAUGAGUGUAGGGUGUGCGGGGAGCUGUUCAGUGACAGCGAAGACCUGGAUGGUCACCUGGAAACCCAUGAGGCCCAGAAGCCCUACAGGUGCAGCACCUGCGGUAAGAGCUUCCGUCUCAACUCACACCUGCUUUCCCACCGGCGUUUCCACCUGCAGCCAGAUAGACAGCAGCCAGUACAGAAAAGCGAGGAGGGCACAUUGGAGACGGAAGGCACGGGUCCUCAUGCCUUGCUAGAGAAGAGCAAGACCAAGCUGGGCCUCCAGUGCAGGGACUGUGGGAAGGGCUUCCAGCGGCAUGACCAGCUGGUGAGACAUCGCAGCCACUGCCACCUGAAGGAUGAGGUCCGCCCCCUCCAGUGUCGAUACUGUGUCAAAACUUUCCGGCAGAAUUGCGACCUCCUCCGCCAUGAGCGCCUGCACAUGAAGCGGCGCUCCAAGCAGGCUCUGAACUCCUACUGAGCCCAGUGUAGCCCCACAAGCUCAGACCCAUCACAGGACAGCCCACACUGCCUGCCCUUUGCUCUCAGGUAGUGCCCUAAUUCUGGUGCCAUGCCACCACCUCCCCAGAUAAAAAGUGGCCACCUGAGCAUUCCUUGUUUCUGCUGUGCCAAAACCCAGGGAAACAAGGCAACACAAGCCUCAAGGUCUGCAUCUUCAAGACACCCAGCCACUGCUAGAGCCCUCAGAGAGAGCGGGCUGCCCCAUCACAGUGACCUCUUGGUCACUAUACAACCCCUAAUGCCAGCCCCCAAAGCUCCAGGGCAGUGGGAAGCUGACACUGGGGUGAUGGUGGCAAAAUAGAGUGGGGUGGGAGUGCACAGUGGGGAGCCAGCCAAAAUCAAGUCCUACCCUCAGAAGUUGGCCCCAGGUCACCAUGUCCAGAGGAAUGCCCCACAGACCCCCUCAGUUGCUCAGGAGGGCCUUUAGGGUCUGCAAGGGGUAUUGUCGUGAGACAUGAUUUGGCCUAGCCACUGAUUGCAUACAGAUCAGGAGCUCACAUUUGAUAAGUUCACACACCUAUCCAAACAUUUCUUUGUACCCCAAAGACCCUUGGUUAAUGUGGGAUGAAAGCUGCAUUGUCACCACUUAAGUUCUUCUCCAACUUGAUUUAGGAAUUUAGAGUUGAGACCCUCAGGGCUCUUCUGCUGGGUGAUCUAAGCCUUAGGAUAGAAACUUCCAUGAAGUCAUGUCCUCCACGAGUAUUAGCUCCAAGGCAGUUUGUGUGGUUUCCUAGUACAGUUGUAAUGAGUACCAAACACCGCUCUGGAGGCUAUAAGGUCCAUGUGUGGUAUCAGCAGGGUCGGUUUUUUUCUUGAGUCUGGAAGAGGGAAUCAUCCAGGCUUCUGUCCCGGGUCUGAUGGUUGCCAACACUUGUAUGUGCUCCUGUGCUUGUACAAGCGUCUCUCCAUCUUUGUUUUCAAACUUCCCUUUCGCACAUGAACACCAGUCUUUGGAUUUGGACCCACCCUGCCUACUCCUGCAGAACCCCUCCUGCAUCUGGAGUGGCCAUUUCCAGGUAGUCACAUCCUGAGGUACUGGAAAAAAACCCUAACACUAGGGUUUGAGGGGACAUGGUUCCCUUCAUGUCAGAUCACAACUCCAGAUAAUUCUAUGGUGCUGCUGUCACACCUGACUUGGAUGAGCCAGUAGAAAUUCAGUUUGCUUGCCAGUCCAUUGAAAGUUGGGUUCAAUCCCAGGUGUCUGCUUUCAGAGUUGCUGUCAUCUGCAAGAAAGAAUCUUCAUCUGUGGCCUUAAAGUUCAGAGCCUGAGAGUCUGGGACUGUGAGUAACUGAGGACAGUUGAUAGGAAACCUCAAGUGUGGUCUUACUGUCCUGGCACACUGGUGUUAGCCAGGCUCAGUGAUGAGGGUAUUGGGUCUGAGGUGUGGCUGUGGCUGGACCUCAGAGCCUCAGGCUAGCUGAUAAGACUACCAGCUCUCGGCACUCAGGAAACCAGGAAAAAUGAGUGCAAGGCCUCUGGUGCUCCUUGUGAUUUUUACAUCAAGAAGCCUCUGCUCCAGACCCAAUAAGACUUUGUAAUGAAAUUUCUAUUUCUGGAUCAGUGCACGACCCAGGAAUAGUAAAUGCAAUAAAAAUAUUUGGUCACACCUUGAACAAAAAUAAACUGAAGGUCUUGAUUUCU